UUACAGCUUGCAUGGGCAGUGAGUGGAGCAUUGAAUCUUCAUCGGGUCAACAUUAGCACGUUCUGGUGUUUUUGCAGGACUCUCAUUUGUCUUGUUACACCCAGAGGCAGAAAUGAAGGCCUGCUGGAUACUAAUUUUCUUACUAGGUGCUAAGUUUGCUCCAUCUGUUGAAGGCAAAUCACAUGGUAAACAUCAUGGGAUACAGAAGACCUCACACCCAGCCAAAGAAAAGGACAUUUUCAAAUUGGAAGCCAGCAUGCCUCAGGUCUCUCCCACUAUGGUCACAUUUGAGACAAGCAGCCAUGUCCAGGAAGAUGAGGAAACCAGUUCUGAGGAUGACACUAAUGCCAAAAAAGCAGAUAAAGAUAUUACAGAGAAAAGCCAAAAAAGCCCUGCAAUCUUGUUAAGUGAAGAACAACUGACAGACCUUCUGAAGAAGGAAGCAGAAGAAGAUAAAGUAACAGAAGAAAGAGAAGGAGAGGAUAAUAACAUGAAAACAGCAGUCACUGAGAGUGAGGUGACCUUAAAUGAUGAAAAGAAGCCACAUGGGGGUUUGAAUCCAGAAAAAAAGAGUGUGGGAAAGUCUGCAACCAAACUGACUGAGCAUGAUGGGCAGGUGGGAUUUCUGGAGGAAACAGAGAGCAGCACAGAAUCAGAACUUCCAGCUGAUCUCGAUUAUGCUGCUGAUAGUGGAAUCUUGAUACCUGCUCAGGUGGAAUCAAAGGAUCUCAAGCCAUCAACUGAAAACCAAGAGUCUCCUCCAGAUGUGCAGUCCCUUAAGAUAGGGGACAAGGAGGAAGAGACUGAUAAUGGUCAUGAUUUAGCCACCAGUUCAAAAGAAAAUCAGCCUGGGAAUAAUAAUAAACCAGAGGUAAUGCUGGACCAUCAAGAAUUUCAGAGCAGCCCAGGGCUUAAAUCUGGUUCACAAUGGUCUGAAAAUGAAGAAGAGAGAGGUAAGAAUGAGAGUGGAGCUUUCACUAAGAAAAAGACAAAGAAGCAGAAGAAAAACAAGAGAGCAAGGAAGCACUCUCCACAGAGGAAUGAAACACAUCUUGCACAACAUCAGGGUCAACUUGACCAUCAGGGGUCUGAGGGCAGCAGCACUGAGACAGCAGUCCACAAACCAAAGAGGAAACGGACAGGAACAUGGGGUCCUUUGGUGGGGGUGAAUCCAGUACAGAUCAGAGCUGCAGUAGAUUUGUAUCCCAGCUCCAGGUCCUCUUUUAGUGGGGACAUACAUCUCUCAGGAACUCUGCCAGAUCCAUGUGACAAUUAUCGCUGCAAGCGUGGAAAAACAUGUAAACUUGAUGCAGAUGGUAAACCUGGGUGUGUGUGUCAAGAACCAUCAGAGUGCCGUCCCAGCAUAAAUGAAUUUGAACAUGUUUGCGGGACAGAUAACAAAACUUAUGAAACGUCAUGUGAGCUUUUUGCUACUAAAUGCAAGUUUGAGGGCACAAAGAGAGGCCAGAAGCUUCACCUGGACUACAGUGGCCCAUGCAAAUUAAUACCUCCUUGUGUGAAGAAUGAACUUGUCCAGUUUCCUCUAAGAAUGAGGGAUUGGCUGAAAAAUGUGCUCCUGCAACUCUACGAACAUGAUGCCAUGUCUCCAGGCUUUCUCACACCAAAACAGCGUUUCAGAGUGAAAAAAAUCUUUGAGAAUGACAGGCGUCUUCAUGCUGGAAAUCACUCGGUUGAGCUCCUUGCUCAGGACUUUGAAAAGAACUACAACAUGUACAUCUAUCCAGUGCACUGGCAGUUUGCUCAGCUAGACCAGCAUCCUUCUGACAGGAUCCUGUCCCACUCAGAGCUGGCUCCACUCAGGGUCCCUCUGGUACCAAUGGAGCACUGCACCUCUUUGUUCUUCCAGGAGUGUGACGCUGAUAAGGAUAAACAAGUUACCUUCAAAGAAUGGACUUCCUGCUUUGGUAUCAAAGAUGAGGAUGUGGAUGUGAACCUGCUUUUCUGAAUGUCAUCUCUAAACUCAAAUACCAGCAAAACUUUUGGGAACCUAAACAAGAGGAAUCUUCCAUACAUCACCUGAAAGCAAGCCUUUUGGAGUAUCUGCUGUUUUCCUAUGUCAGGGUUAUUUUGUCAUUGCAUUUAAAACUAACCAGGAGUAGUUUGAUCAUUUAAUUAGGGAAUUCAAUACUCAAUUAAACUAGUGUUGUAUCCAGAAACUGUUUUUCCAUUGCAUUGCACACAGGGGCAAAGUUUUCUUACGGGCAGAGGAGACAUUGUACAGUAUGCUAUGCUGGGUUAAAAAUAAGCAUUUAGUUAAGUAGAUUAAGUUAAAGUACAAUUUAUCAUUAAAAUGAUAAAGAGUUAGUGUAAUAUAAAACUUUUAUGUUAUAAUACUGCUGUUAAUGUAUAACUGUGUCAUUUAACCUGUUAGUAAAUGUUGUAAAUGUCUUGUGUUUUUAUGUUAUUUUUUUUUUAUUA